GGCCUACACCUUCUGCAAAGCCAUGGGGCUUCUGGGGAUGCACUUCCACCUGUUUGAGAACGAGUACUACCCCCACGGUAUCACCAUCCUGUCCCCGUUUGGCUGUGACAAGAAGCAGGUGCUUAACUUCUGUGCCCAGAGUGCUGAGGAACUGCUCAAGUUCCUGGAAGACCUGAAGGAAUCCAUCGCUGAGGUGUCUGAGAUGGAGCAGAUACGCAUCGAAUGGGAGCUGGAGAAGCAGCAGGGGGCCAAGGCGCUCGCCAGCAAGAAUAACGGAACACAACUGGAACUCCGUGCCAAACAGGGCUCCCCAUCAGGAAAGCCAGAUCUUGAGGACAAAAGUGGUCACAAUGCCGUUGAGGUGUCAAUUCAAAACAGGCAUCAGAUGUACCAGCUCAGCAGCAGUAUGCCGUGGAGCCCCGGGAGCGUGGCCCCUCCUAACCACCAGGGGGAGCUGUCCCACCGCCCCCAGCUUCAGCCCGCAGCCCCCACUGUGGCCGACCUGCAGCCAGAGACUCUCAUCCAGUGCCAGCAGAUCGUCAAGGUCAUCGUCCUGGACAACAGCUGCCAUGGCCGCGUGGAGGCUUUUCUAAGCCACACCCCCACCCACCACCAGCACCUCCACCACCAACACCUCCUGCAGGCCGCAGUGUCCACGCCCGUGAGCUCGUCUGUAGCGGGCGGGACGCAGAACAUGGAGGGCCCCCAGCCCCCCCUGCCCCCUCCGCCACCCCCCUACAACCACCCCCACCAAUACAUCCCCCCAGACCCCCGCCUCUGCCUUCAGAGAACCCACAGUGGCUCCAGAAGCAUGGUGUAAAUAGACCCCUCCACCCUUAUUACCACAGUACAAAAUGUACAUAUAUACAUACAGAAACAGAGAUAUGAAAGAAGAAAUAUCACAGCUA